AUGACGUCCGUCGUUCGCGAACUUGGUCUUACCAGCAGCUUUCAGAAGACGCGCCACUGCACGGCGAGGCCACAACUUGACCGCGGUGGACUCAAUGCUCUCCAGCCUGGUAGUACAACAGACAUCUCAAGCUUCAUGAAGCGUGCGGAGCAUGCUGUCACCAGCAGGGGUCACCAUCACAAUUACAGAGCUACACCCGAGCCUUUGUCGUUUCCUUACGAAGCGACACCGCUGGAAGUUUUCGCCCUUGCCUUCGCUGUCUUCGCUGUUAUCUGCAUUUUGGGCUUCAUGGUCAUGAUCGCCAUCAAGAUGAGGCGUUCCCGGGCACAGCACCAAUCCCACAGCUUCCCUGACCCUUGCGACACGAGCCAUGGAGGCUCCGAGAAUUCAAACGAAGUACUCAUCAACAGCGUGGAGCAGCGAUAUAACUUCGUGCCGGGACAGAAUAGAAACGUGCGGUCGAACUGGGGGGGAAGCAACGAAGAUGUUCUAGCACCCAAACAUAUCUUCAGACACUGGAGAGAGGCCGACGCCGGUCGUGAGGGUGUUGCCGAAAAGCUAGGCGCUGAUAGUUCAUCGACUGGACUUUGGAUUGAUCCCUCGAUGGACGCAGAGAAAUCCUCAUUAGCCGGCAACCAAGAAAGGACAACAUCCGUAUCAGGAAACGGCGCCGCGCAAUUCGGCCGGAGAGCAUCGCGACCGUUCAACAACAACGAUGCAGACGCAAACUCGCGGAACACAUACUGCCGACUGUAG